GAUUCCUCACGUGCGGGGGUUGAUUUGUACUUUGAACACGUGGCUCAUUCAGAGAAGCCGGAAUAUCCGAGUUUUUUUUUUCUUCAAUCUUUUUCCUCUCUUCUUCAGUUUUAUUUAGAGGCGGUGCCGACAUUAACACAUGUGACAUUUAAGUCGUUCUGGCAAAGGAACAUCGUCCCGCCAUCCUCGGGAGAAACGGAAUUAAUAAUUAAGUUUUUUUUCCCGCAAGGGAGAGGGCGAGCGAACGCUACCACGGUCAGCACGUCCAUCAAAUAUCUCCGGUAGUGCGGUCUGAUUGGGGAGUACGCGAGCGAGCCACUCCGUUCGGCUUCAGUACCAUUCGUUUAAAGACAGCCCUUCCGCGAGCACCGACAAAGGAUUUCUCUCUCUCGUGCACUAAAGGUCGACUUUAAGGUGCAGCAACAUGAACAAGCUUUAUAUCGGCAACGUGAGCGAAGAGGCCAGUGCGGUCGACUUGGAAAGUAUCUUUGAGCAGUGGAAGAUCCCUUAUAGCGGACCGUUUCUCGUUAAAACAGGGUACGCGUUUGUAGAUUGCCCGGAUGAAAAGGUAGCAAUGAAGGCCAUCGACACUCUCUCAGGUAAAGUAGAACUUCACGGAAAACUACUAGAAGUGGAACACUCUGUACCCAAACGACAAAGGAGCUGUAAACUCCAGAUCAGGAACAUACCACCUCACAUGCAGUGGGAGGUUCUGGAUGGGUUGUUAGCACAGUACGGCACAGUUGAAAGCUGUGAACAAGUGAACACAGAGACGGAGACAGCUGUAGUAAAUGUACGCUAUGCAGCCAAGGACCAAGCCAGACAGGCACUGGAGAAGCUGAACGGCUUCAUGAUGGAGAGCUAUGCGCUGAAGGUCUCGUUCAUCCCCGACGAGCUGGCCACUGGCCCCGAAGGGCCCGGCUUGGGGGGUCGCCGAGGGAUGGGCUCCCGUGGAACCCCUCGCUCCGGCUCCCCUUCCAUGGGCGCGCGGCCCAAGAUGCAGUCGGACGUGCCGCUGAGGAUGCUGGUGCCAACGCAGUUUGUGGGCGCCAUCAUCGGCAAGGAGGGCUCCACCAUCCGCAACAUCACCAAACAGACCCACUCAAAGAUCGACAUCCACCGUAAGGAGAAUGCGGGCGCUGCAGAGAAGCCCAUCACGGUGCACUCCACCCCCGAGGGCUGCAGCGCCGCCUGCCGCAGCAUCAUGGAGAUCAUGCAGAAGGAAGCCAUGGACACCAAGUUCACUGAGGAGAUCCCUUUGAAGAUCCUGGCUCAUAAUAAUUUUGUGGGCCGUUUGAUCGGCAAAGAAGGACGCAACCUGAAGAAAAUCGAGACGGACACAGAGACCAAGAUCACCAUCUCUCCUUUGCAGGAUCUGACCCUGUACAACCCUGAGAGGACCAUCACUGUGAAAGGAUCUAUCGAGGCCUGUACCCAGGCUGAGCAGGAAGUGAUGAAGAAGAUCCGAGAGGCCUACGACAAUGACAUCGCUGCUAUGAAUUUACAGUCAAACCUGAUCCCUGGACUGAACUUGAAUGCGCUGGGGCUGUUUCCUGGCGGGGCGUCUGGGGGACUGAGCCCCUCCAUGAUGUCCGCGCCCCCUGCUGGGCCUGGACACCCCUCCUUUGGUGGUCCGCAGGAGACGGAGACUGUGCACCUGUUCAUCCCCGCACUGGCAGUGGGGGCCAUCAUUGGCAAACAGGGGCAGCACAUCAAACAGCUCAGCCGCUUCGCCGGCGCGUCAAUCAAGAUUGCCCCAGCGGACGGUGCUGAUGCCAAACAGAGAAUGGUCAUCAUCUCUGGCCCUCCGGAGGCCCAGUUCAAGGCUCAGGGCCGUAUCUUUGGAAAGCUCAAGGAGGAGAACUUCUUUGGACCGAAAGAGGAGGUGAAGCUGGAGGCCCACAUCAAAGUCCCAUCCUCUGCUGCUGGCAGAGUCAUUGGGAAAGGAGGCAAAACUGUGAACGAGCUGCAGAACCUGUCCAGUGCUGAGGUGGUGGUGCCCAGGGACCAGACGCCAGAUGAGGAGGACCAGGUGGUGGUCAAGAUCACAGGCCACUUCUACGCCAGUCAGGUGGCCCAGCGCCGUAUCCAGGAGAUCCUCUCUCAGGUGAGGCGGCAGCAGCAGCCUAAGCCCAGCCCCUCUGGCCCCUCAUUGGCCAGGAGGAAAUGAAGCUGCUUGGUCGCCCGGGAGACGCAGUGCUGAUUGGACAGGACAUGACACGCCCUUCCCUGUAGCCUGGCCCUGCCUGCCUGCCUUCAGUCCCGCCCACGCCGUGAGAGUGUCCACCUCAACACAACCAUGUAGACUUUUCUUUUGUUACGAUCUCAAGAAAAACACAAGGACACAAGGAAGUAUCUUUCUCUGCGCCGGUGUGACUGUUGCACACCCUCCCCACAAAUGUUUCAGUUUCAUUUGUCAAGGACAUUUAAGGAAACUAGAUUUUUUGCGAACUGUAAUUGGUUAAUGAAGUGAUCCUCGAGUUGAGGGUGAAGACGUCACUCACAUGCUGUUGGGCGGAGACUGGGUGUGGCCUAAAGGGACUCUGGGUGGGGGUUGGCCUGAUGGGCGGGGCUUAAUGUAUGGAUAGUGGCAUUUUAUAAAUUUGGAUGCAUUUUUAUAUAUAUAUAUAUAUCUAUCUAACAGGAGGGCGGAGACAUGGCCACUGCCAACUGAGGGAGUGUUGACAUAGGUUGGCCAGGAAACCAAGUUAAUAUGCAUUUUACUUAUCUACCUCAGGCUCUAGAACCUCAGAGAAAAAAAAAAAAAGAA